UCCACAUAUCUUCUCCCCAGCCAUAAACUGUGUAGGCGAAGCCGCGGGAGGAAGAAACCUCUGAAACCCUAGCUUCCUCUUCUGUACAUCGUCUGCUCGGAAAACAUGUCGAGAAGAAAGACCAGAGAGCCCAAGGAGGAGAAUGUCACUCUUGGACCUGCAGUCCGUGAGGGAGAGCAAGUUUUUGGAGUUGUUCAUAUCUUCGCCUCAUUCAACGACACUUUUAUCCAUGUGACUGAUUUGUCUGGACGGGAAACCCUUGUUCGUAUAACCGGUGGAAUGAAGGUGAAAGCCGACAGGGAUGAAUCUUCACCCUAUGCAGCUAUGCUUGCUGCUCAAGAUGUUGCUCAGCGAUGCAAGGAGCUCGGCAUCACUGCCCUACAUGUGAAGCUCCGUGCCACUGGUGGGAACAAGACCAAGACCCCUGGUCCCGGUGCUCAAUCCGCCCUCAGAGCUCUUGCCCGUUCUGGCAUGAAAGUCGGUCGUAUCGAGGAUGUGACCCCCAUCCCGACCGACAGUACCCGCAGAAAGGGUGGUAGAAGGGGAAGGAGGCUGUGAUUCUUCUUCUGUGUUUCUCUUGCUCAGUUUUUUAUGGUGUGGACUCCCUUUAUAUUAGAAACUGUGUUUCCUUUGCCCUUGAACCGAAUGUUGCCAAAGUUUUGGAGUUUCUUAGUUUAAAAGAGUUCAUUCAGUUCCGUGCUUUGUCUAGUAGCGUUGUCUGUUUUGCUUUUGUCUUGUUGGCUGUGCAUGAACGGCGUAAAAAGAGCCGGUUUGGUCCGGUCCAAUCCAGAUCGUCAAACUUGGUUCA